AUGACUCCGGUCCUACCAAGAGUCCGCGCUACCCAAAUCCCCAGAGGGGCAGCUUGGACACGUCGAAGCUUCGCCUCGCAGGCCCCGGGAUCCCCAGUGUUCGAGGUCUUCAAUAGGCGAUCAAAAUGGCAGCAGAAAGAGAGGGCUGCUGCUGAUGUCGAGAGGAGCCGGCAGGCCGACUACCUCAAGGAUGAGGUGGCCAACAGGCUCUGCGAGCGUCUUCUGGACAUCAAGCGACACUUCCCACGCGCCCUCGACCUGGGCGCAAACACCUGCAAUGUCGCCCGCGCCCUCGCUCGCUCGAAUCCCGACCCGGACCCCGCGAAGCCCACGUCCCCGCCCCUCGCGGAACGCAUAACGGAGCUGGUCGCCGCGGAAUCGUCGCACGCGCAGCUGUACCGCGACGCGGACCUGCCCUUCAACAAGGAGCUGGACAUAACGCGCCAGGUCCUGGAUGACGAGGAGAGCCUGCCGUUCGAGCCUGCCUCCUUCGACCUGGUCCUGAGCAGCCUCAGUAUGCACUGGAUCAACGACCUGCCGGGCGUGCUGUCGCAGAUCAAUCAUAUCCUGAAGCCAGACUGCCCUUUCAUAGGCGCCAUGCUCGGCGGGGACACGCUGUUCGAGCUGCGGACGUCAUUACAGCUGGCAGAGCAGGACCGCAAGGGCGGCUUGUCGCCCCGCGUGUCUCCGCUCGCCGACGUGAGGGACGUCGGUGGCCUGCUGCAGAAGGCGGGCUUCAAGAUGCUGACGGUUGACGUCGACGACAUAGUAGUGGACUACCCCAACACGUUCGAGCUGAUGCAGGACCUGCAGCAGAUGGGCGAGAGCAAUGCCGUCCUGGGUCGGGAGCCGGGCGCCAUAGGCAGGGACGUCCUCCUUGCGAACGAGGCGAUCUACCGUGAGCUUCAUGGAAACGACGAUGGGUCUAUACCUGCGACUUUCAGGAUCAUUUACAUGAUUGGAUGGCAUGACUCUCCCACCCAGGCUGAACCUCUUGCUCGGGGCAGCGCGGAGAUCAACCUCAAGGAUAUUCUCGAGAAGAAAUAG